UUGCUAGUCGCUGUCUGCGGUUUUGCCUCUCUCGGUUUCUCGGUCACCUCGUCUUGUCUCGCCUCGUCAUUAUUGUCCCCGUCAACGUCCCCCCAGUCACCGACGCCCCGAGUCUUGUGCCUAGCGUCGCGUCGCCUGCGCCAACCGUGUUAAGCUACUGAAUUGCAUUCAAAGUGUAGUUUGUAAAGUGCUCGGAAGGACACGCGCUUUUCGCUGCCAAUUUGGCGAACUUGGCCACACUGAAACAAGACACACACACACACACGCACGCACGCACAACUAAAUAAUAUAUGCUUGUAUAUUUACAUAUACACAUAACGGUUGCCAAAGUGUGAUAAGCAAACGCUGAGAGCGAAGAGUGCGCGCCACAAGUAAAUGGUGUACUUAAUGGCCUUCAUCGAUUGCCAGGCAAAUGCCAGCUGCCGCAGCAACAAUUUCAAUAAUUGAUAACAAUUCUACAAUAACAACAAAUGCAGCAACAGCAACAGCAACAACAAAAGCAACAGCAACAGCAACAGCGACGGCAGCAACAACAGCAACACGCACGCAUAUCCUUAAUGCAAGCGAUAUAACUGAUAUUACGAUAUAACUGAUAUUACGAUAUAAGCACACAACCGACGCACACUUAUAAUUAUAAUCAAUCAAAUCGAAUCGGAGCUAAAUUCAACUGGUUUUCCUCCCAAUUUCCAUAGCCACUGGCAAAUUGUUCACGUUUCUACUCGCAUACAUGCUUGCAUAUAUUAAAUAGUUAUUAAACAAAUUUUUGCAACAAAUUCGAGCAAAGACAAUACACAGGAAAAAUACUGCAACGCACGCUACUACGAAAACAAGCUCGACACCUUUUGCAUUGCACUAGAUGCAUUAAACUACUGAGCAGCUCGGAACGAACCACCACUAGAAACAAGAACAACAUCCACACACACACACAAACAAACAAACACACACACACACACACACACACACACACACACACACACACACACACACACACAUACACACAUAGCAACAAAAUGGCCUUAAUUAUGAAAUACAUCGAGAGCAUAAACAGAUAUAUGGACUCACAUAGUGAUUCAAGGACUAAGGACUGGCCCAUGAUGUCGUCACCCUUCCCCACACUCGCCGUGUGCCUCACAUACGUCUACCUGGUUAAGGUGCUUGGGCCGCGAUUAAUGGAGAAUCGAAAGCCUUUACAUCUACAGAACAUGCUGGUCGUCUAUAAUGCGUUACAGGUUGUAUUUAGCGCGUGGCUCUUCUAUGAGUGUUUAAUGGGCGGCUGGUGGGGUUCGUACAGCUUCCGCUGUCAGCCUGUGGACUAUAGCGAUAGUGCCACAUCUAGGAGAAUAGGAGUUUCCGGUUGGCUAACUGGACAUUAUAGCUUCCGAUGUCAGCCAGUUGACUAUAGUAAUAAUCCUAGAACGUUAAGGAUGGUUCAUGCGUGCUGGUGGUAUUACUUCUCAAAGUUCACAGAGUUCAUGGAUACGAUUUUCUUCGUGCUGCGCAAGAAGACGAGCCAGGUGACUACACUGCAUGUCAUACAUCACGGCUGCAUGCCCAUGUCCGUGUGGUUCGGCGUCAAAUUCACUCCAGGUGGCCACAGCACCUUCUUUGGCCUGCUCAAUACAUUCGUGCACAUUGUGAUGUACACGUACUACAUGUUCUCGGCCAUGGGUCCACAAUACCAAAAGUACCUCUGGUGGAAGAAGUACCUGACAACGCUCCAAAUGGUUCAGUUCAUUCUCAUCAUGGUGCACGCCUUCCAAUUGCUCUUCAUUGACUGCAAUUACCCGAAGGCCUUCGUCUGGUGGAUCGGAAUGCACGCUGUGAUGUUCUUUUUCCUGUUCAAUGAGUUCUACAAGGCAGCCUACAAAAACCGUCUAAUGAAGAAGAACGCGCUGCUGGCCAACGGACACGCCAAGCCAAAUGGCUACUGCAAGAGCAUCAAUGCCCACGACGAUCUGUUCAUGCCACAGCCGGCGGCCCAGACGACGACGACGUCGACGGCCAAGGCCAAUGGCAAUGGCAAUGCGACGCUCAGCAACGGGCAUGCGAAUGGCCUGAAGAACGGCUACAAGCCUCUGCCCAAUGGCAAUGCGGCGGCCGUGGCCAAUGGCAGUGCGCACAAAACGAACGGUAUCCUGCUGGCAAAUGGCUUUGGCAAUGGCAGCGGUGGCUAUGCCACCAAGCUGCUGGACGAUGUGGCACAGGAGCUGACACACCGGAAGACACAAAAAUAAUAUCGGGAUAAUGCGGGUCGGCGCCAACAUAGAGCUUAGGAUGGUAGCGGAAAGCACAGCAAGCGCCAGGAGCACCAUCAUAUGCUCCAACAGUCAUAAGCACAUACACACACACACGCACACCUACACACACCUACACACACCCACACACACUCAACAAACGGCAUUCAUUUACAUCAACAUAAGCAUAUAUAUAUACAUACAUGAUUCGGAUAUUGUAUUGACAUUGAAAUAACUUUUAGUGAGAAUGGAAGUGAAACAAUAAGGGGCAUAUUGUUAUUGGUACUAAUUAUUAUUACAGAAAUUAAUAAUAGUAAUAAUAAUAAUGCAUAAUAAUGAUGCUUGUUUUUACAGCGAGCCAUCGCAUAUAUUGCAUACAAUCUGCUGCACACAUAUUUUUAUGUAUGUAUGUAUGUAUGUAUAUGUCGUAUGUGCGCAUGUUUGUAGCAUCCAUAUAAAUAAAAUACAUUUUUGUUGCUUUUUUCUUUUUUUAACUACUUUAGUUGUACAAAGCUUUGUAUAGAAAAAAAAAAACAAAAACAAACACAAAAACAAAAAAUCAAAAAAACAAUACAAUUUAUAAAUUGAGCCUAAUGCUUAUUUAACUGAAUUGUGUGUGAGCAUGGAAUUAAUCUAUGUAUUUAAGCAUAGAAUUUAAUUUAUAUACAUACUUAUAUAUAUAUAUAUAUAUAAACUUAUACAUAUAUAAAUAAAGUAAAUGGAAAAUAUUUAGUUGGUUCUGCGUAAGUCAAGCAAGUUUUGUAAAUGUAUAAAGCAAAAAAAAAAAUAUAUUAAAAUAAAAUGUAUGUAAUUUAAUAUUAGUCGCAAUAAUUGUUGAGGAAUUUAAACAAAGUCAAGCAAAAAGAAAAAAAAACAGUCACAAAUAUUUAAGUCAAGCAACAAAUACUACAAAUACCAACAAAUUUGUGCUUCGUUUUAAUCAUAAACGACCACAAAUAAACAAAAAACAAAAACAAACCCUACCCACAUGUUUAAUUAAUUUAUUAAAAAUAAAUUAUGCCACUAAACUGGAAAAUUAUAAAGUAUGCAACUUUAGCUAUUUGAUAACGUUGCAUGCAACAACUUACAAAAUCAACAAACACACAUAAGAAAAAAAAACCAUCUGAAAACUUCGAGCAUUGAUAACAAAAGCAACAUUGUUAAACGCAUAAAAAAAAA